AGCAAGGAAGAGAAUACAGGAACCUUUUCGUAACCCAUCUCCCGCAAUCAUACACCCAACCCUCUCUUUCUCUCUCUACUCUGCAACAAAAACCUUCUUCGUUGUUCGGUCGGAUCAGAAUCACGAACGAAGCAAAGCAGCGAGAGCGAGGAAGGAGGAAUCCCAAUCGCCAAUCACCGCCAGCACCAUGGUCGAGACCCGCCGCAGCGCCAACAAGCGCUCCCUCUCUUCCCCCGCCGCCUCCUCUCCUCCGCCCUCUCAGACCAAACGGUCCAAGGUAAAGACGGAGGAGGGUUCGAACGCCGAUUUGCCCGUUGAGAGUCGGUCUGUGGACAAGGAGCCCGAGCCUGAGGUUGAAUCGCGGGAGUCUGAGCUUCAGUCCUCUGAUCCGAUGAGUGCCGAUGCUGCCAAGACCGUUGAUGCAUGCGAAGCGGACAAAUCGUCCGAUUCUCCCAUGGAAAGUGGGGCGCUUGCCGUGCCCCAGCCUUCAGGGAAUGCUGAGAAAUCGAGUUCUCAGAAGAAACGGCCGUCAAAGCUGACAAAGCAGAACUCAAAGGCUGCUGCUUGGGGACAACUUCUUUCCCAGUGUAGUCAGAAUCCUCACAUGGUGAUGCGAGGUAGUCUUUUCACUGUUGGUCAAAGUCGUCGAUGCAACUUGUGUUUGGAAGAUCCAUCGAUUGGCACAACAUUGUGCAAGCUGAAGCAUGUUGAGCUUGAUGGGUCAUCGGCAACAACGCUUGAAAUUACUGGGAAAGGUGCUGUCCAAGUAAAUGGAAAGACUUACCUGCAGAACACUAGUGUUCCUCUGUGCGGAGGUGAUGAGGUGGUUUUCAGUUCUACAGGCAACCAUGCUUACGUUUUUCAGCAGCUUGACAAUGAAAGUUUGGCUGACCCAGCAAUUUCUUCCGUAAGUAUCUUGGAAACUCAAAGUGACCCUAUAAAGGGGAUUCACAUUGAGUCGAGGACAGGAGAUCCUUCAGCUGUCACAGGUGCUUCAAUAUUAGCAUCGUUAUCGAAUCUACAGAAGGAAUUUUCCCUCCUUCCUCCACCUACUAAAGGUGGUGCAGUUAAUUCGGAAGUUCCCAUUGUACCAUCUGUAUGUGGUAUGUCAGAUGAUCAUAUUGCAGAUGUGGACAUGAGAGAUAACCCUAACAAUGAUGAUGCUUCUGGGGUUUCUCCUAGGGGUAAAACUGCUGCUACAUCUGAUGAAAAUAUAAAUGAAGGUUUGGAUACUAAUAAGGAUGUUGUAGAUGGAAAGCUUCCUGGAUCAAGCUAUGAAUUUCCGCCAUUGUAUGGGAAAAUGGGAAAUUUCCCUGCUCUUGAGUUUAGUCGCAGUAUUUCUAGAGGAUUUGAAGAGAGACGUUCCAGAAGAGAACUUAAGAAAGACGGCAGCCCAUCUGACCCGUUAGCUGAUUGGCAGAAGGCAUUGAAGGACAGCCUAGAGCAAUCAAUUAUUGAUCCUGACAAGAUUGAAGUUUCGUUUGAAAGUUUCCCCUAUUUCUUAAGCGAUUCAACUAAGAAUGUGUUGAUUGCUUCGACCUUUAUACGCUUGAAGUGCAAUAAAUUUGUGAAGUACACUGCAGACCUCCCAACUGUUUCUCCACGCAUAUUGUUAUCGGGUCCUGCAGGCUCUGAAAUAUAUCAGGAGACGCUGACAAAGGCACUGGCAAAACAUUUUGGUGCUAGACUAUUAAUUGUUGAUUCUCUUCUACUUCCUGGGGGUCCAGUCACAAAAGAUGUGGAUACUGUGAGAGAGAGUAUGAAGCCUGAAAGAUCUGUUUUCACAAAGCGUUCUUCGCGGACUGCUGCAAUGCAGCAUAAAAAACCAACCUCUAGUGUUGAGGCAGAUAUAACUGGUGGUUCAACCAUGAGCUCCCAAGCUCAGCCAAAGCAGGAAACUUCGACUGCAACAUCCAAAAACUACAAGUUUAAGAAAGGGGAUAGAGUCAGAUACCUUGGAACAACAUCUUCUGGGCUAUCCAUUUUGCAGCCUUUGAGGGGCCCACCAGAUGGUUCUCGAGGCAAAGUAGUGCUCCCUUUUGAAGAAAACGAUAAUGGAUCAGCCAAAAUUGGUGUCAGAUUUGAUAAGCCAAUUCUUGAUGGUAAUAAUCUUGGUGGUCGUUGUGAAAAGGAGUAUGGUUUCUUCUGCUCUGCGAAUUCACUUUGUUUGGAGAAUGCUGGAGGGGAAGAAGCAGAUAGUCUAGCACUUGAUGAAAUUUUUGAGGUUGCCUUAAAUGCAAGUAAAAGCUGUCCCUUAAUAUUGUUUGUGAAAGACAUGGAGAAGACUAUUGUUGGGAACCAAGACGUGAGUCAUGCAUUGCGGAGCAAACUUGAAAAUUUACCAGAGAAUGUUGUCGUAAUUGGGUCUCAUACUCAGAUGGACAGUCGCAAAGAAAAGUCUCAUACUGGUGGCCUUUUGUUCACGAAAUUUGGAGGCAAUCCCACUGCAUUGUUAGAUCUUGCAUUUCCGGAAAACUUUGGGAGGCUGCAUGAAAGGGGAAAGGACAACCCCAAAGGGAUGAAGCAACUGUCUAAGCUUUUCCCAAAUAAGGUGACAAUCCAGUUGCCUCAGGAUGAAGCUUUACUUUUGGACUGGAAGCAGCGUUUGGAGCGUGAUAUUGAAACUUUAAGAGCACAAUCUAACAUUGCUAGCAUUCGCUCGAUUCUGAACCGAAAUGGGCUGGAAAGUCCCGACCUGGAUACUCUGAGUAUCAAGGAUCAAAAUCUAACAAGUGAAAGUGUGGAGAAAAUAGUUGGCUGGGCUGUGAGCCACCAGUUCAUGUCUACUUCUGAAGCCUCUGUCCUAGAUGCCAAACUGGUCAUUUCUUGUGAAAGCAUCAAGUAUGGAGUAAAUAUCCUUCAUGGAAUACAAAGUGAAAGCAAGAGUUCAAAGAAGUCCUUGAAGGAUGUUGUUACUGAAAAUGAAUUUGAGAAGAAACUUCUCACGGAUGUCAUCCCACCUACCGAUAUUGGUGUUAGUUUUGAUGAUAUUGGAGCUCUAGAAAACGUGAAGGAUACUCUGAAGGAGUUGGUUAUGCUUCCUCUUCAAAGGCCCGAGUUGUUUAGCAAAGGACAGCUUACUAAGCCAUGCAAGGGAAUCCUUCUAUUCGGACCUCCUGGGACAGGAAAAACAAUGCUUGCCAAGGCUGUUGCUACUGAGGCUGGCGCCAACUUCAUUAACAUAUCCAUGUCAAGCAUCACUUCAAAGUGGUUUGGUGAAGGCGAAAAAUAUGUGAAGGCGGUGUUCUCUCUUGCUAGUAAAAUCGCUCCCAGUGUUAUUUUUAUUGAUGAGGUUGAUAGCAUGCUUGGAAGACGUGAAAAUCCUGGAGAGCAUGAGGCUAUGCGUAAGAUGAAGAAUGAGUUUAUGGUUAACUGGGAUGGGCUCCGGACGAAGGAUAAGGAGCGGGUACUGGUACUUGGUGCUACCAACAGACCUUUUGAUCUUGAUGAGGCAGUUAUAAGGAGGUUCCCCAGGAGAUUAAUGGUCAACUUGCCUGAUGCUUUCAACAGAGAAAAAAUUCUUAAGGUGAUACUUGCUAAAGAAGAAUUGGGCCCAGAUGUUGACUUAGAGGCAGUUGCAGGCAUGACCGACGGUUAUUCAGGGAGUGAUUUGAAGAAUCUCUGUGUGAGCGCUGCGCACUUUCCCAUCAGAGAGAUUUUGGAGAAGGAAAGAAAGGAGCGGACUUUGGCUCUUGCUGAUAGCAGACCUGUACCUUCGUUGUAUAGCAGCUCUGAUGUUCGCCCUCUGAAGAUGGAAGAUUUUAAACGUGCUCAUGAUCAGGUAUGUGCUAGUGUAGCAUCAGACUCGGUGAAUAUGAACGAGCUUGUUCAGUGGAAUGAUUUGUACGGAGAAGGUGGUUCGAGAAAGAAGGCAUCUCUGAGCUAUUUCAUGUAGGGAAGAUUCAGUUUUAAAUGUAUAGGCGCCAGUUGGGUUGUAGCUAAGCUUUAUGGUAUAAUACGUCUGUUGCCUCAAAGAAAAAGCGGUGGCGGCUAGCUGUUCGAUGCUGCGGGCCCCCACGUCGCCCCCCACCAUUGUAAUAUAUAUAGGUUUCUGCUGCUUCUGAUUUCGCAUUCUCAUCGGCAACGUAAUUUAUUAACUUGUUCCUUCAAUCAGAUAGAUAUAGAUUGAGAGAGGAAGUCAUUUCCGACAACCCCUAGACCUCUCUUCUGCGCUGUACAUACCAUUUGAUUGAUCAAAUAAGUAUCUUUGGCCUUUAUGUAGUUUCCUUCUGUGGUGUUUCAUUGAA